AGAUGGAGCUUUUCCCCAAGCCUCCUCCAUGCACGUCCAUGUACUACACCAGCAUACCUGAAGCAAGUUUGAAGACUUCUGCCAAGUCGUGGAGGCGAAGUUCGUCCUCUUACGGCGACUUCUUCUCGACUAUUCCUUUGCAGCAGAUCGAAGAGAGAUUGAAUUCAAUCGCAACCAACACUGAGGCGUUCGAUCGGGAGCUUGAGUCAGAAGAUCCUCCUCCCUUCGUCUCGACCUCUCAUGCCUCUCAUGCCCCCAUGCCUGACCGAGCCAUCCAGCAGCACUUCAUUCACAAGCGCACUUCUGCCUCCCUCGUCGAUGGCAGUGGUCAAGCGCAGGUGGUCGAGAUCCCGCUGGAGCUCGCGGCUCCCAACUUCUACUUCUUGAGGGACGCGGACGGGUCGAGGAGGGUGCUGGAGGUCACAGACCCUUCGCUCCCUCCGACCAAGACCAGACACGAGGAGGCGAUGGCAACCAGCAGCGUGCGAUCCAUGUCCAACGUGCAGAACUCGGGGAUGCAGACUAGACACCAGAAGGACUUUGUGGACAUGCAGUCGCGUGCGGACAAGUUGGAGAAGCGAGCCAGAGAGAUCGGAGCAGAGCGAGAGCAGCGCGCGGCCAGCACAGGCGCCUACGGAGAGACGGAGCGGAUGACGAUUCCUCGUGUGUUCAAGUAUGAGCACGGUGCAACGUUGACGAAGCGCGAUGUGGAGAUCAUGAUGAAAACGAGAAAGCCAAACCCUCACCCCCCUAGCGCGACGGUGGCGACGGCAGGAGAACUUAUCUACUCCUCCGCGGAGGACGUUAUGUGAGAUGAGCUAGACAGGCGGCAGGUGGAGGUCUUUGAUUGCCUCAUGCAUCUGGGCUCUUGUAAAUGUCUUCGUCCGAUAGAUCUUCAAAGUCGUCCUGCAGAAAGUCAGUGACGAGCAGGAGGAGCGAGGAAGAGGGGGAGGGGGAGGGGGAGGGUCAGGCACUCGGCCAGUGAAAGCCAGGAACUUC